GUACGGUACAGGAGGGUUGUUGACGUUUCCGUCACUUUCUGUUAUCCAAGGUCUCUGCAGGAGUUAAAGGAAACAAAUUAAACGUUUUUGCAGCUUCUUCUCUGCAGCUGUGUCACCGCUUGAUGUCUUACAGAGAAACGUCUCUGUAGGAACCGAAAGGAAGGAAGGUGGAACCUGUAAGGAAAGGAUCUAUAGUCUCAGAAGAGAUGGCCUCCCAGGUCAGACUGAGGUUGCUGCCUAGUGCCAGAUGUUUGUUCGACGAGCCCGUUCAGGUGAAGGUGACUGGGCUGAGGUCGAGACAGGUGGUCACCAUGAAGGCCAGAUCAACUGACGAGAAGGGUGUGGAGUUCAGCUCCUCGGCCACCUACAGGGCUGAUGGGAGUGGGGAGGUCGAUCUGGAGCGAGACCCCUCACUCAGUGGGCCCUACAAUGGAGUUGAACCCAUGGGUCUGCUGUGGUCUAUGAGGCCAGGCACCUUACACAAAAGGUUUCAAAAAACCAAGUCACUAAACCCUCAUGUGGUGAAGUUCUCUGUUCAUGAGGUAGAAGGGGAGGGCAGGAUGCUGGCAGAGGCGACCAAUGAGAGGCUUUUAAUUGGAGACGACGUCACCAGGCUUCCCAUCAAAGAGGGGAACAUUCGUGGAGCCUUGUUUACUCCUCCAGGACGAGGUCCAUUCCCUGCUGUCUUGGAUCUGUACACUUUAGGAGGAGGUUUGUCAGAGAAAAGAGCGUCUCUGCUGGCCAGCAGAGGAUUUGUGGUUCUGACUGUAGCACUGUAUGGCCAUGAUGACAUGCCGAAGAACAUCAAGGUGGUCCAUUUGGACUAUUUUGAAGAGGCGAUACAACUUUUAAAGAAACAAGAUAAAGUGGGCAGUAAAGGAGUAGGAAUAAUAUCACUUUCCAAAAGUGGAGACCUUGCACUUUCAGCAGCCUCUUACCUGCAAGGUGUUGAUGCCACAGUAUGGAUCAACGGCUGCAGUGCCAACACAGCUUUUCCUCUUUACUAUAAGGAACGCCAGAUCCACCCUCCCUUACUGUUUGACAUCAGUAAGAUGGUGAUCACUGAGUCAGGGGCCGGUAUGUGCAAGCAUGUUACAAAUAAUCCUUUGGCAGAGGAGAACCGUGAUACCCUGAUCCCCAUCGAAAAGGCCAAGGGACAUUUUCUCUUUGUUGCUUCAGAGGACGACCUCAACUGGGACAGCAAAGCUUAUGUGGAAGACAUGGUGGAGAGACUAAAGCGUCAUGGGAAGGAGAACUUUGAAAGUGUGUGUUACCCUGAAGCGGGACAUUACUUAGAGCCACCCUAUGGACCCUACUGCCCUUCCAGCCUUCAUGGGAUGGCAGGCAUACCAGUGAUGUGGGGCGGUGAGCCCAGGUCCCACGCAGCCGCUGAAGUCCACUUGUGGCAGAAGAUCCAGGAGUUCUUCAGAUCUCACCUUAGCUGUGAAGCUACACGGCCUACAGCCAACUUAUAGACACAAUUUCAAGAGUAGUAAAGACAUAGCAACAGAAAAAUCAUGAUAUCCUGGCAGCCAAUUACAAGUAUAUAGUUAAAUAUGACAAUUAAAUGUUUGAUUGUUCUCUGAAUGUUUAUGUUUUGAAAGAUUAUGAUGAUAAUGACCUGAUGCAGGAGAGAAUAUGCCAAAAUAUCUUUGUUGAACUAAUAAAGAUUAUCGGCCCAUAAUAUAAAUGGUGCCUCAAAGAGAAAGCUUUAACUCAAAUAGGAACAUAAGCCAACAAGCACACAUCAUGCAAUAUGCAACAUCUCAAGUAACUGUGACUCUUUGUUUGUUGGUCUCGACCAGUCAGCACUGCGCUGUCUACAGGUAGUCCAAAAUGCAGCCGCCAGCCUGCUGACUGGAAAGAAAUGGUGUGAUCACAUCAGUCUCGUCCUUGCAUCUUUGCACUGGCUGCCUGUUAAUUUUAGGAUCCAGUUCUAGGUUUUAUUCAUUGUUUUUAAGUGUUUAAUUGGUCUGGCACCAACUCAGAGCUUGUACAGCCUCACAGUACUUCCAGAGCAUACUCAUGGGGACAGAGCCUUCUCAGUGGUGGCCCCAAAGCUGUGGAACAGCCUACCUUUCCAGGUUAGAGCUGCACAAUCUGUUGAGCACUUUAAAACACUGCUGAAAACCCAUCUUUUCUCCCAGCUAGGCAAGAAUCCUUGGCUUUUACUUUUACUCUUUUUUACUUUAAAUUGAGCUCUUACUAUUUCUUUAUUGUUUUAUGUAUUAUUAUAUUUGUGUGUGAUUAUAUCGUAUUUUAAUAACUGUGCAGCACUUUGGUUCAACUGAGGUUGUUUUUAAAUGUGCUUUAUAAAUAAAGCUUGACUUGACUUGACAAGGUGUAACCACUGUAGGACACAGGUUUGUACACAGAGGCUCUUUAUGAUGAUCAGGGGGAGUGUGUCAGGUAAAAUUACGAAAAUUACACAAUCACGAAUGGUUAGGCCAGAAGUACUAAUACUUAAAGAAGGCUAAACUUGCAGAUGGCUGCCUUUUUCCACUCAAAUCUUUUAAGCUUCCAAAUGUCGUUUCUCUCAUUUAAACAGAUAAAUAAGCCCACUGUAUUUUUUUUCAUUGUCUGUUUCUGUCUUGUAAACUGGCACAAAUCAGUAAAUUUGAACUUUAUUUUUUUCAAUCAUCAUGUCUACUUACUUGAUUGUGCAAUCCACAUUUGUGCAAUUUUAAAA